GGUGAAGGAAGCACCAGGCGUCGCAAAGACCAAAAUCACUCAUGUACUGUCUAAUUAUUAGGAUUCAACUUCAUCAUUACACAUGUAUAAGUACAGGGUAACAAAGUACAGUAUAAAUACAGUGUAACCGGUGGACUGCUGAGUGUGCAGAGUUCCCGCUGUAUUGAGCCUGUUCACGUCUUCAUUAGUCCAAAGUUGAGGUCACCACAGAGAGCGAGGGCACAGUCUAGGUGCUCAGAGAGUAACAAACAUGGAGGAAUGAGGGGUCAUCAGGGUCAUAUUUACUGCUUUUUAAAUCUACUCUCCUGAUCUGUAACUAAGUACUGUGAAGUUCAUAUUUAUUGUUCUAUAUUUUGUUAAACAGUCGACUACAUGUUAAGAAAACAGAAAUGAAAACAUUGUUUAUCACGCCACAGUUAUUAACAGUAGUUCAAAGGUCUUUUUACAUGAACGUGAGCUCAACUUGUCCUUGUUUUAUAUCUCAUGUAUAUAUGGCUUCAAGCUCAUGUACAGUGGUGUGAUUCAAAUAUUCAGCCUUCAGACCAGCAGCCACUCUAUCUCACACAGUUCUACUCAGCCUGGGUGACAGAGAGCAGCUAUCUCAUCCACCCUGUUUACAAGAGGAGCCUUUCCAAAGACACUGGCUGAAACGAAAGCAGAGGGGAGCUAAACCAGUCUGUCCAGCUCGUACACCCAGUAUGAGACUGGAACACAUUCGAAUAAAUAAAAAUCUAAAAUCAGGAGCAGAGAAAUGUUACUCUGGUCAAAGAGAUUUAAAAACAGCUGAACUCUUCACUUUUGGUGAAAUGUUGAAACUGGGUUCUAAUCACAGUUUUUAGGUUUCAUAGAUCAUAAUGGGAACAAAAGGAUAAAAAAUCCCUUGUGAACCCAACAGAGCACCUCAGUAAAGGACGUAUAAUUCUUGUCAUUGCUGCAGGCAGGCUGGCACACUGAGUCGUGUUGAUUCGUGUACAGCCAUAUUGAAAGACAUUUGAGAAAGAUGAGAUACUCCAGUUAAAGGGCUCAAAGUUCUUGUAUUAUGAAUGACACGAGUGUUGGAAAGUGACAGAGAGGCAUGCAGUGGGAGUUGUUUAACAAUCCUACAGGAGGAGCAGCCAGACCUGAUCCUGUCUCCAGCCUCGAGCUUUUCUGCAGCCAGUAUAGCACAGACUCCAGCAGCAGGAAGAAGAAUGGCAGAGCACACGCUUAAUGCAGAGGACAUGGCUCUAAAUAAACUGGGCGACAUAGGCCCGGCCUAGAAAAGCACUCCGACCUAUUGACAUGAAUCACUACGAGACUAAGAAGAGUGCGGCUCAGAGCAUGUUGGACGUGGCCUUGCUCAUGGCCAACUCGUCUCAGCUGAAGACCGUCCUUUAUGUGGGUCCGCAGUAUCGUUUCUAUGUCCCCCUCAUCGUGCUGCUGUUCCUGUCCAUCACGUUACAGGUCAUAGUGGGGCUGCUGCUCGUCUUCAUUGUGAAGUACGAUCUCAACGAUGUGAGGAAACACGCCAAACUGAACAGAAUGAAUAAUGUAGCAACAGUCUUUGUCUUCUUCACGGUUCUCAUCAACAUCUUCAUCACAGCGCUGGGAUUUCAGGGCCAUACUAUCAGCUCACCAGCCUCACCUGUUCCAUCAGUACCAGAGCGUCCCCUCUGCCCAUUGACCUGAACAGGACUGGUGGCAUUUAGACCAGACUUUGGACCAAAGCACUGAAAGCUGCUGUGGCACAGAAGCCUUACCUCUGUGUGGGCUCCAUGUUCAAAUUCAGACUUGUUUGGAGAAAAAAAAAAAAGUUUUUUGAAUGAACAUAAUGAAAUGUUUUGUGACUGAGACUUCAGCGAGCUGUGGACCAUCGAGUAGACCUCAUCCUCGACAAUUACAGGCCAGUCCUAUCUUAAGAUUACAGCUACACACUGACAACCAAAUAACUUUGUGGGAAUUAACACUGCCUCAUCUUCCUUUGGGUAGAGAUGCCAAUUCCUGAAAUGCACAUACUGGACAUGGAUACUCCAACAUAUUAAAAGCUUCUGUCGUAUAAAUAUAACAUGCUUUGUUUCUUUGGCAGUGUAAACUGCUGGUUCUUAUUGUUUUAAAUACACUUCAUACUCUCCCAUGUUAAAAUAUGUCUAUGUAAAAAGGAGUAUCAGUAUUAGAAAGUAACUUUACUGCAUGGUGUAAAACUGGGUUUCUGUGGAUACUUUCUAGUUUGGUAGCAACUGUACAACAGGAAACUAUAUAUGUUUUUUUUGUUAAAUAAAGUAGCAGUUUGGA